UCGCUCAUAGUACUCUUCUGACAUGUCUCACUCACAAUAGAUCGACAGAUAUACAAAAAAAAAAAAAAAAAAGGGAAGUAGUCCUCUUUUGGUACAGUGACACAUCAGCUACAGUGCCACGUCAGCAGUGACACGUCAGCAGUGACACGUCAGCAACAAUGCCACAUCAGACACAGUGACACGUCAGACACAGUGCCACGUAAGACAACAGUGCCACGUCACUGCGCCACGUAAACAACAGUGCCACGUCAGCAUGACGGUUCCAGCUCUGGGCAUGCCAGGCCAACUGGCCAAUGAGUCGCUUGCCGACUACAAAAAGCAGUUCCCGGCUCAGAUCGCUCUCAUCGAGGCUGAGAAACAGCGCCAGCUGGCAGCCGCGGCUGCCCACCUACAGGCUGAAGAAGCGGCAGCAGCAGAGAAGCUGCGGCUACAGGCCGAAGCCGACACAGAUAACCAGGCUCGCCACAACGAAGCCCGGGAUCUGCUGCAACGGCAUGAAGCCACAAGCAUCGAAAGACUCAAACAGAACCAGGAACUGCAACAGCUGUUCCAGGAUCUGAAGCAACAGCACCAGGAGUUGGCGAACCUCCGCCGGAUGGUGCAGAGCCACGAGGAUGCGGCACGGGCACUCAAUGCCCGUGUACUGGACCUGGAACAGGCUGUACCAGGACCAGAUGCUGGUGCCUUCAGCAGUGCACCCUCUAGCCGCCAACUGGAGGAACGCGUUGACCACGUAGUGGCAAUGCUCGGCGACAUCAGCACCUUCGCUGCGCCGACCACCAUCAGCAGCCAGCUGGACACAUUGAAGACCGAGAUCCAGCAACUGCAGUCGACGAACACGGAUGGCAACAAUCCAAAGCAAUACAAGAUGUCAACCUUUCAACUGGAUAAGUUCGACGACUACACACAUCAGGAUUCGGUGCUUUGGGCGGAUGCCACCCACGACGUCGACGUCGCGGAUCUGAAGGACAAGAUCACAUGGGAAGAGCUAACACGGCUGUGGAAGAAGCGGUUCAUCGUCGACGACGCACCAGCACUAGCAAUCAACCGUCUCUUCACCAUGUCUCAGGGCAAUACAGCAACACGUGACUGGCUCACGGAAUGGCAGAAGAUAGCGGCAGUGCCCGAUCUGGACUUACCAUUCACGCAUCUACGCCGUGAGUUCUACAACAGGUCAUGUGUUGCACUGAGCGAGGCACUUGGUGAUCGCGAGCAAUACACCAUCUUCGCUGAGAUCAUUGAGAAGGCAAGGGAGAUCAUCAAGACCAACAGGUCAGCUGCACACGAGAAGUCAACGUCACAGCCAACCUAUGUGGAGAAGGUGAGAACUGGUCCGCGACAGCAGCAGUUCGCUGCAGUCCAAUCGGACUCCACUGUGGAAGACCCGGCAGCCACCCAAGCGUCACGUGAGGGAGAUCAGGUGGCUGCUGUCCAGCCGCGAAGCAACAACAAACCCCGAGUGAACGGGAAGGCGAAAUCAGCAUCGCCGGCCGGAAAUGGACAGCCAGCACCACCAUGGGUCAAGUUCGGCUUGACCGAGCCCGAGUACAAGUACCGCGGCCGCCCGCACGUAGUAUCGGAUCGAUCCAUCCUCGAGGACGGGGCCGUACCUCCACGCGGUUGCAUCUACCGAAUGAGCGAGGAAGUGCUUCGGGCACAACUCGACGACCUUCUAGAGAAAGGCUGGAUUCGUCCUAGCUCAUCGCCAUACGAUGCUCCUGUUCUCUUCGUCUGGAAGAAGAACAAGGAUUUGCGCUUGUGCAUGGAUUAUCGCAAGCUCAACGCGCAGACGAUCAGAAACGUCGGCCCUCUCCCACGCAUCGACGAUCUUCUCGAGCGAUUGGGCGGCGCCAAGUUCUUCUCCAAGCUGGACCUCAAGUCGGGAUAUCACCAACUUGAGAUUCGGAAGGAGGAUCGCUACAAGACCGCGUUUAAGACGCGAUAUGGACAUUUUGAAUGGCUGGUUAUGCCAUUUGGCCUUACGAAUGCCCCAACCACUUUCCAAGCGGCUAUGACAACGGAGUUCCGACACAUGCUGGAUCGUUACGUACUUAUCUACCUCGGCGACAUCCUGGUGUACAGUCGGAGUUUGGAGGAGCAUGUGGAACACCUGCGCACCGUUUUGGAGCGGCUACGACAAGCCAAGUACAAAGCCAACCGCGACAAGUGCGAAUUUGCGCGGCAAGAGCUGGAGUACUUGGGACAUUAUGUAACGCCGCAAGGCAUCCGUCCGCUUGCGAACAAGAUCGAGGCCCUACGACGAUGGCAGCACUUCCUCCUUGGGCGUCGUAGGUUCACAUGGGUUACGGACAACAAUCCAUUGACCUACUACAAGACGCAGGAUAUGGUGAGCAGCACGAUCGGACGAUGGAUGUACUUCAUCGACCAGUUUGACUUCACACCGAAACAUCUUCCCAACCUCUCAAAUCGCGCAGCAGAUGCACUCUCGCGAAGACCUGAUCUUUGCGCUAUGACACAUCAUGCCUUCACAUUCGACGAGGAGCUUCAACGACUUUUCAUCCGGGCAUAUGAGUCUGAUCCAGACUUUGCCACGCUAUACGCACAGCUAUCUUCGGAUCACCCGCCGGCCAGCCACUAUCGCAUUGUCGACGGGGACUUGCUCCUCCACUCGAAAGGCAAGGACUUAUUGUAUGUCCCACGAGACCGUCGUCUUCGAACUCGCCUUCUCGUGGAGUACCAUGACUCGCGACUCGCUGGCCAUUUCGGAGUCAACCGCACCAUUGCACGGCUUCGACAACAAUUCCGAUGGCCUGACCUCAUUACCGAUGUCACUCGGUAUUGCGACUCUUGCGAAGUUUGCCGACGCAGCAAACCCCGCAACCGCAAUCCCUAUGGCGAGUUACGCCCAAUGCCCAUCCCACGGGGACCCGGUCUCUCCAUUGCCAUGGACGUCACCAGUCCAUUCCCUCGCGACCGGCUCGGGCACGACGGCAACCUCGCGGUUGUGGACCGAUUGAGUAAGUACGCGUGUUUUCUUCCUUGCAAGUACUACUCCAUGGCUCCCGAGCUGGCACACCUUCUGCACACCGGUUGGAUUUGUGGCCACGGUGUACCAGAAGACAUAGUCAGCGACCGUGACACUCGCUUCAUGUCGGCAUUUUGUACUGCUCUCAUGCAGGAGUCCGGCACGAAGAUGAAGCCAAGUUCGGCUCGGCAUCCACAGACAGACGGGCAGACGGAGCGGGCACAUCAAACCGCUCAAAUGAUGCUUCAUACGCUCAUCCGUCCGGACCAGAAAAAUUGGGUUGACCGCCUCCCCGACAUCGAGCUCGCCUACAACACUUCGGUGCACCCGACAAUCGGCGUGACUCCAUUCGAGUUGCACCACGGUGGACGGAAAGGCCGUAUCUUCGCCGACCUUCUCCUCCCUCGACCAGCCGACAUUUACGCCGCUUGCUCUCCCACUUCCGCCCGGAAGUACAGGGAAUUGUUGACUCAAGCCCGCGCGAACAUGCAAAAGGCUCAAGUCCGCAUGCAGCAGCAAGCCAACAAGCGUCGCGUGCCAUGUCCCAUCCGCGCCGGUGAUCUGGUUUGGGUCUCCGCGGAAGAGUUUGCACUGGAACAUGAUGUUUCACGCAAACUGCUUCCCAAGUGGUUUGGACCAUGGUCUGUGACAUCAGCCGCGGGCGAUGAGCCCGAUGGCCCUUCAUUUGUGAUCAACAUUCCCGAGCAUCUGACGGUCCAUCCAGUCUUUCACGCCUCGAAGCUGGCAACAUACACGCCAGCUAAGAGCGACGACUUUUCGGGCCGACGAUCGCAGGACCCUCCAUCUAUGGAUGGUCAUCAGGAGGUUAACCGCGUCAUCUCGGAUCGCAAGUACAGGCAAGCCGCGACAGUACAAAGUCACAUUCAGAGCAUACGAUCCCGACGACACUCGGUGGAUUUCAGGAGCAGAUUUGAAAGCAUCCACACCGCUGAUCUACGCUCACUACGAGCGACAACGGUUUGCUAAGGGACCUCCACGACCUGCCCCUCCCACCCGGACUGUGGUCCCUCCCUCGGACAGACAGCUUCGCCCUCG